CGCCAGAAAAAAAAUAACAAUUGACCAUGUUAAUGAUGAUUGCCUGGCCGAAAUAUUCAUGUAUGUUCCAGCAUUUGAAAGAUCAAAAAUUGCAUUGGUAUGCAAAAAAUGGAAAAGAGUCCUUGAUGAUUAUUCUUGGUUUGAUGUCAAAAAACUUGAACUAACUCAUUGGGAACUUGAUAAGUAUCCAAAUUUUUUAAAGAAAAAUUAUCCAACAAUCGAUGGACAAUUUAGUUUUUUGAAAUCACUGAUUAAUAAAUGUGGUCGUUAUUUAAUAGAAUUGGACUUGACAGCAUAUGGCCAUUGUAAUAUAGUUCCAGUUAUCAAUGAGUCUUGUCCAAAUCUCGUAAAACUUCGAAUAAGAAUUGAAUAUAUGGAUGAUGCAAUGUUAGAUAAUGCAUUUACAGGUCUUUCUAAACUAAAAGUAUUGAAAAUUAUAUUUCAAUAUCUUAUACAUCACAGUACACGCAAACUUGUUACUUUAGUUAAUUCAUUGUUAAACGUUGCUGAUACAUUAACUGAACUGAGUCUGUCAAAUUGGUCUGGGUGCAUGGAAGAUAACGCUGAAUUUUUAGAUGAAGUCACUAGUGUGAUUCCUAAACUAAAGGUCUUGGAAAGAAUUCAAAUUGGUGGUAUAAAUCUUCCCCAACGUUUAAUCGAUUAUUUGAUUUCGAAAAGACCUGACAUGAUAGCCACUUAUUGUGACGAGAUAUGCAAAAAAUGGAAAAGAGUCCUUGAUGAUUAUUCUUGGUUUGAUGUAAAAAAACUUGAACUAACUCAUUGGGAAUUUGAUAAGUAUCCAAAUUUUUUAAAGAAAAAUUAUCCAACAAUCGAUGGACAAUUUAGUUUUUUGAAAUCUCUGCUCAAUAAUUGUGGUCGCUAUUUAACAGAAUUAGACUUGACAGCAUAUAACCAUUCUAACAUAGUUCCAGUUAUCAAUGAAUCUUGUCCAAAUCUCGUAAAACUUCGAAUAAGACUUGAAUUUAUUGAUGAUGCAAUGUUAGAUAAUGCAUUUACAGGUCUUUCUAAACUAAAAGUAUUAAAAAUUAUAUUUCAAAAUCUUUUAUAUCACGGUCCACGGAUACCUGUUACUUUAGUCAAUUCAUUGUUAAACGUUGCUGAUACAUUGACUGAACUGAGUGUGUCAAAUUGGUCUGGAUGGAUGACAGAUAAUUGUCAUUUUCCAGAAGAAUUCACCAGUGUGAUUUCUGAGCUAAAGGCCUUGAAAAGAGUUCAAAUUGGUGGUAUGAGGCUUUCCAAACGUUUAAUCAACUAUUUGAUUCCGAAAAGACCUGGCAUAGCCACUUAUAAUGACGAGAGUAAAUAUAAGGAAAAUAAACUUGAUGAACAGUUAUUGGAAUAUGUAAAAGAAUUACAUAUUGUAAAAUCCCAAGUUAUUGAUGAUUUUUUAUAUAAUGUUGCCAAUCAAAUGACGAGAUUACGCAUACUGACACUGGGUUGUGACUUCAUAACCGAUGCUGGUAUAGUAGCAAUUUCAAAGAUAAAUCAUUUAAGAUUACUCGAUUGUUUCGGGUAUAAUAAUAACAUCACUGACUCUUCAAUUGAAUUGCUAAAAAAUAUAAGAUUAUUAUUCUUACCAUUCAGCAAUAGAAUUACCGAUAAAUCAGCCAUUAAAGUUCUUGAAAAUUCACCAGAUAUGUCUAAAAUUCGCGUUAGGAACACAGGUGUAACUUCUGAAUUUAUAAAAAAAGCAGAUGAAAUAUCAAGAAAUCGUAAAAAAAAAUUAACAGUUGGCAUUUCGUGUGAAGAUGGUACACCUUACACACAAAUUUAUAAAUAUUUAACAUUUUAUUAAGUUAAAAAAGAUGAACAAUAAAACGAACAUCGAUAAUUCGUAACUAUUUACAUAUAGCUCUAUUGAUGAUAACUCAAUUUUAUUUUUUAUAUUAAGUCACUUGUGGUUACUCGGAAAAUCAGAAGAAAUAUAUCAUCACGUAGUCAAAAUGACAAUGAAUAUAAAAAAAAAAAUUACUGGUAUGUUUAUUUAUUUAUUUAUAAUUUUAUAAUGAUUUUUAUUAUAUUUUUUAUUUUUAUAUUUUUAUUUAUUAAUAUUUUUAUUUAUUUUUAUUUAUUUUUAAUCUUUCAUGUUUACAAUAAAAUAAUUAAUUAUUAACAACAAAAUAAAAUUUAAUUUUUUCAAAUUGUUUAUAUUUAUUUAAAACUGCUUUGCCUUUUAUUAUUAAAGAGAAAUAAUUUCUGGUACAUUUGAGAGUCCCAAUGAUGAAAUAUCAAUUUUUCCAUCUAAAUAAAUUUUUUCAAUGUCAGAAUUAAUAAAUGCAUUUGUUUCAAUCUGCAUAAUAUUAUUAGAUGAUAAAUCCAAAGCUCCAGUAACAAUAAUAUUUUUAAAUGAAUAACUUUUAAUAAUUUGUAAAUUAUUAUGAUCGAGAUGAAUAUUAUCAAUCUUUGCAAAAUUUACAAAACAAUUUUCAUCAAUUUCUUCAAUUUUAUUUGAGGAUAAUUCGAAAAUUUCGAUUCUCUGCAAACCAAAAAAUACAUCUGGCUCAAGUUUUAACAAUGGAUUAUUAUUUAUUUGCAAGAAAUUCAGUUGAUUAAAUUUUUCAAAACUUUUUGGUUUAAUUGUUGAUAUAUUACAAUUUACCAAUGAAAUUCUUUCUAUAUUUUUUGGAAAAUUUAGUAAAUGAGAAGUUAUUUCAUUCAAAUAACUGUCGACAAUGUCAACGAAAAGUAAUUUUUGUAAAUAUGAUAAAUCAAUUGAUGGUGUUGGUCCAUCAAGUUUGAUAACAAAUGUAAUAUACUCAAGUUUUUUUAGUGAUGAGAAUAUAAUUUUAUCAACUGUCACUGGUGAAUUUUUAAUGGUAAAUAUUUCCACAUUUUCUAAUCCAUUGAAAGAAUUUUCUUCGAGUUCUAAUUGUUGAAAUGAGCCAUCUGGAUAUCUUGAUGAACCAGUUAUUUCUAAAUCUCUUAAUUUUGAGUUUUUAAAAGCUUCUGGUGCUAUUGAUGAAAUUCCAGAGAUGUACAGGAAAUUUUUCUUAUCAAUAUUCUUGGUAUUUUUUAUCUCCAUGAGUUUAUUGUCAGUAUUAUUUAUACACACUUCUAGAAUUUCAAUCAGUGUACAAUUUAUUUCACAAUAAAUCAUUUUUGUAACACUCAAAAUUAUGAAAAUUAAGAAAAAUAUGCUUUUUUUCAUUUUGAUUUUUUUAAUAUUAAAUAUAUUGCUUGAAAUCCUUUUUACUUUUGCCACGUAUUUAUGGUAAAUGAUUCGAACAAUUGCCACUAUUGACGCAAGUUGGUGAUCAUAAAAGAAUUUCCUGAAUAAUAAAAAAGAUAAAUUGUUAUUACAAAAAAACAAAAUAAUAAAAGAAAAAUAAAAAUACCUGAAAUUAAACUUUAAAACUUUUAGGAUUCCUUUAUUUUGUUAUUGUUUAAAUAAUAAAAGCAUAUUUUUAAAAAUUUUCAUUUGCAAAUAUAUUUUAAAACCAACAUAAUAGAAAAAAAUUAUCAAAUUAAAAAAUGAAUAACUUUAACUGAAAAUAAAUUUUUAAAAUAGUUACAUAAAUAAAUAUUAACGAUAAUAAAUUGCAAUUUGAUUUCAACAUUUUUAUUUAAUUAAUUAACAUACACCCUGUUUCCAACAAUUAAAAAAAAAAUGAAGCAAAAAUAUUUAAUUUCUAAUUCAUUUGUUUAUUUAUUUACAACAAAAAAAAAAAAAA